GUAAGUCCUGAGCAGGAGAUGAACAAGGAUUAUAGAAGGUCCUCUCUCUCUCUCUCUCUCUCUCUCUCUCUCUCUCUCUGUCUCUCUCUGUCUCUGGGACUCCCUCUUUGGAAGGGAUGCUAUUGAUGAGAGGGGCAUGGGUGUUCUUGCUGAACUGUUGUUGGCAGCAGCCAGCAAGCAGAACCCUUUCCAGGCCCUGGAGCAGAGCCCAAGGCUGCCCCUGGGGAAGGGGAAAUAAACUCAUGCAGGAGGGAGCGCAGGGGCUUUGGCUGGCUCAGGAGGAAUGACUUACAGUGGGGCUGUCCAAGGCCCACCCCUUCUGCCCAUGCUUGCAGGGCAAAGCAUCCCCCUACCUUUGCCCUGGGAAGGGCCAGGGCUGGGGCUAUGGCAGGGUCCCUGGGGAGCCCUCUUGUAGGCAGGGUGGUGCCUGGUGGGGGGGCCCUGGGAGGUUUGCUCCAUUUUUUGCACCCCUCCUCUCCAUGUCCCCCAAGACCUCCCCUGCUUUGUCUGAGUUCCUGCUGUGACAAGGGAAGGAGCUGGGAGCCCCCCAGUCCUGAGCUCUGUGUAGGAAGGUGUUGUGGGGACGGUGCUUGGGGGGGGGUGUGUGGCUGUGGGAGUAUUGAACCAGGCCUCUGAUCCUGUGCUGUGUUCUCUCUUUAAAGAUGUAGCUAUCUAGAUAUUUACUUAUUUAUAAGGCAGAGUGACAGGAAGAGAGAGGGAGAUCUUCCCCAAAUGCCGGCAACAGCUGGGGCUGAGCCAGGUCGAAGCUGGGAGCCAGGAACACCAUUCGAGUCUCCCAUUUGAGUGGCAGGGACUCCAGGUACCUGAACCAUCACCUGCUGCCUCCCAGGGUGCACGUUAGCAGGAUUGGGGGAGGAGCGGCCAGGACUGAACCAGGCACACUGGUGUGGGAUGUUCCAGACAGCAGAACCAUGAAACUGGAAGCCGGAUGCAGUGGAACUCCUGAAGAGGUCCCGCAACCCCAAGUGGGGACUGUGCCAGAUGCAGAGCCGAGCUCCGCGACCCAGAACCGAAUCAUGGCCUUAGAAGGCAGAGCUGAGCUGUUGGACUUCGUGGGAGCCACGGAACUGGAAUUUGAGGAGGUGCCAGCUGUCUCAGGGCACAUUCACAGCAGUAGCAUCGACUGCCUUCCCUACACACACACACACACACACACACACACCCCGCCUCACCCCAGCUGCAUGUGGGACCCCAGGCUCAUGGAGGAGUGCGCUGGUAAAGAGAUAACGCAUGGCGUGACCCUGCUGCUGCAGCACUUGGGCUCGCAGUGGAUCCAGCGGGACCCCGGGAUCAAAGGGAUGCGGCUUCCCCGAGAGGACCAGCGGAGCCCCCGCGAGCUGGAUAUUGAUCCCCUCAUCACCAGGCAAGUGAGUCGGAUGAGGGAGCGCCAAGGCCAGGCCCCUCUGUGCCGGGACACCCGGGCGUCCCUGAGGGCUCUAACGCUUCAGAACCCGCUUGCUCUUGCUUGGGGCCCUGCCCAGGGGAGCGACCCCCCACCCCCGGGGCCCAGCAGGGAGCCGGUGGGAGUGAAGAUGCGGGAGCAGCGCCAGGAUGCCCGGACCCGCCCGCUGCGUGCUCGCUCGCGCCCCCUGGGGGCAUCUCUCGGCUCCCAUUCCGCCCCUGCGGCGUUCCUGGCGGGGCUGGGUGCGCGGCUGACAGCGCUGCAGACCUCUGGUGCGUUCUCGCCACCGACCACGGAGGCCGUGUCCGAGGCAGGCCUCUUGCAAAGAGACACUCCGAGCGGGACCAUCAGUCAGGACUGCCGGCCCUACUGGCAGGAGGACAGGAGCCUGCACCUGCUGGCGGCAACCGGGAGGGGCGCGUGGACAAUGCUCACUCUGGGCACACACCCCUCCUCCUUCCUGCAGGAGGGCGAUUGCCCGUGCCGAUAUCUCAGCCUUGCCUCCUUGUCCGGGGGCGACGGCUCGCAGGUGCAUAGCCAGCUGCUGUGGCACCUGCGGGCGCUAGGCCCCGCCUCGCCAGCUUCAACACCACGUCCCCGCGCUUUCCUGGUGCUGGUCCCAUAAUCAACCAUGGCUGACUUCUGCCAAGCAGGCCAGGAGUGCCAGCCGAAUCAGAUCUGCUGCAGGCCGGCCUCUGAGGACCUCCUCUGGGAGGGGGGAGAAGCUGCUCUCUAGACCCGCCCCCUCCCGCGGAGCCCCAGCCAGCCCUGCCCCCUCGCAGGUGGCCCGGAUGCCUGCCUUUACCCGGUGCCUAUCCCCAGCCUUCCCCUCUCUCCUUACCCCGCUCUGCCUUCUGGCCUCAAGCACUUCCAAACGCCGGUGUCCAUACCCUGGCUGGAGCCGCUGGACUCGGGGGAGCCCCUUGUGCUGUUAUCCACCCUCCCCUUCCCUGCCCCUUAGCCAGCGGGGGCUUCUCCCUUCUAAGCCUUGGUGAGCAGAAGCUGGCAGAGGAGUGUGAUGUCAGGCCCAGGCCUGGCGACUUCUGUGCCUCCCAGCUCAACACUGGCCUCCUCGCCACCCCCUCAGUCUCCCAGCCUCCCGAUCCAAGUGCUCCCCUGGCUUUCUGUCCCUCCCAUCCUCCUGCUCUGGGGACCCCUCAACAGUCUUCAGAGCCUUUUUUUUUUUUUUCCUCUCUACUCCCCUUGCCUGUGAGGUCCUCAUCAUUGGCCCAGGGUACAAUAUGGAGAAAGACCAUGAAAGGGAAUAUAUUUGUGAUGCUCCCCCCGUGUGUGCCUCUGGUGAUGCACUCUUUGGAGCCUGCCUCUCUCACUAGGGUUUCCUCCAGCUUGGCUCAGUGCUGCUGUAACUCAGGUUGCUGCCCCCUGCCCCUCCCCCCACCAUCCCCUAACUCACCCGGGUGCUCUGGCUGGAGAAUCUGGUACAGUUCAGGGUAGCUUCCCUUGCCUGGCACAAGGGCUGUCUCCUGGUUCCAACCAGGCUGCCUUCUAUGCCACUGGAACUCCCACUGCCAGUAUUUUUGGACACAGCUCCCUUCCUCUGGAUCAUUUAUGCUUUUUGGACUUUGAAAGUCAUCUAUUUAAAUGCAAGUAGUAACAGCUGCAUUUGUGAUGCUCUGGGUCCUAUACUGGAUCCGAUCCACCAGAGGGAGGAAGCACAAAGAACCUGGUGAUUUCCACUUCUAAGUAAUCCACCCGAGCCGGGAGCCUCAUGAGGACUAGAACCCAGGUAGCCCAAGGCCAGAGCGCAUCCCAGAACCUCACUCUGUGUGUGAUGGUGGUAGGAGGUGGGCAAAGGGGGCAGCUUUCUCAGCUGGCUGCUCUGUCUCCUGCCCCCCAGCUGGCCCACCAUCCUGUUAUUUGGACCAUGGCUCUAUGACAAUAAAACGGACCUUCUGCCCACGCUCUGUGUCUGUCUCACCUCUUCUCGGUGGGGAGGGAUGAGACAUGCCCCCCCUUCCCCAGCAGCCUGUAUCAGAGAGGAUCUCUAAGCCCGGUGGCAAUGGGGCUAAUGACUUGCUGGGGGUGGGGGGUAGGGCGAGCGGCUGGCCGUUGUGCGCCCCCACCCCCACCCACAGCCCUGACAA